AUGGAUUUAGAAUUUCCCUCAAGUAUAUUAAAUACACCAUCUUUAAUAACAUCGAAUAAUCGUUUAAAUCCGUUUAUGUAUAAAAUUUCACAUGCAAAUGAAACAGUUGAAGUACACAAUGAGGAUAAUAAUAAUAAUAAUAAUUUAAGUUCUAACGCAUCAUCUGUAAUCACGACAUCAACAAAUAAUGAAUCAUUAUCUAUAUCAUCAAAUGAUAUAAAAUUAUCGAUAAUAGAAGAUGACCUUAAACAAACUUUUACACAACGACGUAAACCAACUGAAUCAUUUUUUCAAAAAAUGGCAAAAACUGGCGUCCUGACAAUGCCUAAUGCUCCUAUCAAUGAUGAUGGGAUACCUGUAGACGUACCAUCAACAGCAGAGGUUAUGACAAUUAUUGAAACGUUUCCUAAAGACUCAACCCAAGAUAAUACAGAACGCGAAACAACAACAUUACUCACAAGUGAUAGUAAUAAUCAUUUUGAUUCAUUAUCACAUACUAUGGGCCUUAGUGUUGCACCAAAAAAGAAACUUUUACAAAGAACUCAAUCUCGUACUGAACCAACAUCACCAACAUCAAUUGUAAACAAUCCCUUUUCUCAAACACAAAAAACUGAUGUUGAUGAUGGAAGUUCAAUGGAUGAUGAUCGUCAAUCAUAUAGUAAUCAUGAUUUUCAACCUCUACAUGAUAUGCCUUUAUCAAUACAUCCUAUUGAUUCAAACCCACAAUUAGAUAAUGGUUUAAAACGACCUAAUACAAUACAAUUAAAAACAGAACAAAAUGGAAUACAUCCAACAAGUAUUAAACAACAACCAAUGACACCCGCUAAUAAACGAACAUUUCAACAGACUAUUGCUGGUGGUACAAUACCAAAAGCUAAUUCAAUUCUUAUUUCUCAACAGCCAGUUAUAAAUGAAGUCACAUCAAGUAAUCAAUUAUUAUGUAUAAAACGACAAAAAACAAUUCCAAUACAAUCAAACACUCUAAAUUCGGGUUCAUCAUUAUCAACAGCAAAUGACAAUAAUAAUACGGGAUCAGAUGAUCAACGUAAAAAACAAAUACGUGAUAGUAAUCGUGAGGCAGCAAGACGUUGUCGUGAACGUCGUCGACAAUAUAUUGAACAACUUGAAGGAAAUUUAGAUCAAUGUAAACAACAAAUAAAACAAUUAAAUGAAAAAUUAGCUCAUGCUGAACGUGAAAAUACACAAUUACGUACUAUUAUAGCUGAAACAAAAAGAUUUCAUUCAACAUCAUGUCUUUCAUCAAAUGAAUCAAUGUUAGAUUUUGCUAAUGUUAUGACAACAAAUGGAAUUGAUCUUAAUUCAGAUUCAACCGAUGGAAAUAUAAUACAAAGAAAUUAUUUUCCUAGAAAUACUCAUUAA